UAGUUUUUGCCCUCCAAAUAUUAGAGCCAAUGACGCUGCUGCUCUCUCUUGCCCUCUCUCUCCUAAUUUCCUAAUCCCAGAGGAGCCCGUAGCUGCAGAAACCCUAAUUUUUUUUAUUUUUUAUUUUAAAUUUAUUUCUUGCGAUAUUUUGGCUUUACCCUCUGUGACUUUCGUAUCACCAAUCAUCAUCGUGUUGAUGCUAAGCUUUCUUAUUUUGUUUUUUAAGCUUAGGGUUUUUGCAAAGCAUAUGCAAAAUCGAAGCUUUGGGGUUGGGUUUCGUAGUGAAUUAGGUGCUGCUCGAUCUCUGGGUUGCGUUUUGUAGUUAGUUUUCGCUGUUAAUUCUAAAAUUGCAUCUUAGCUGAGCUCGCUUUCAUGCUGUUUUUUUUAUUAUUGAUCAAGUGUCUGAUUAAGGAAAAAGAUAAGAAAAAGAAAUGUAUGGAAGAGCUGGUCUUGAUCGAUUCAAGAAAGCUCAAUCCUUGGAACCAUUCUCGGUGACUCUCAACAGUUCCGCCUCCAAAUCCAAUACCCACUUGUCCCCUAACCCUAAGGCCUCACUUUCAAACCCCACCGCGCAGCAGCACCAACAACCUCAUGUUUCUCAAGAGGUGGGGCAGACGCAACAGCUAACUCAGGUGGGAGGAGGCCAAUCGACUUGGCAACCACCCGACUGGGCCAUUGAGCCUCGUCCGGGAGUCUAUUACCUCGAGGUUUUGAAGGAUGGAGAGGUUCUUGAUAGGAUUAAUCUAGAUAGGAGGCGGCAUAUCUUUGGUAGGCAGUUUCAUACUUGUGAUUUCGUUCUUGAUCACCAGUCGGUUUCACGCCAGCACGCGGCUGUCAUUCCUCAUAAGAAUGGAAGUAUAUAUGUACUUGAUUUGGGAUCUGCUCACGGUACAUUUGUUGCAAAUGAGCGCUUAACUAAAGAUAGUCCUAUGGAGCUUGAAGUGGGGCAGUCUUUGCGGUUCGCUGCAUCAACAAGAACAUAUAUCUUGAGAAAGAAUGAAGCGGCUCUUUUUCCUCGGCCUCCUCUGCCUACAGAGAUUAAUUUACCGCCGCCUCCUGAUCCGUCUGAUGAAGAAGCUGUAGUGGCUUAUAACACACUUCUGAAUCGUUAUGGUCUGAGCAAGCCUGGCCUACUGUCUAAAUCCAUUGAAUCUGAUGGCUCAGAAGCGGGAAGAGAUGACAGACAGCAAUUAGAGAGGCCUAGUAAGAGAAAAAAGAAGCUAAGAGUGGCUUUCCGGGAUCAAGUUGGGGGAGAGUUGGUUGAAGUCGUUGGGGUUUCUGAUGGUGCAGAUGUUGAAACUGAACCUGGUCCAGUAGGCAUGAAAGAAGGAAGUCUUGUUGGAAAAUACGAGUCCCUUGUACAGUCUACAGUAAUUCCCAAAGGAAAGCCACAGUCCUCUGUGAAGGAGGACACUACUUCCCAGAAAGGGGUGACUCAUAAGCUACAGGAAGUCUUGAAUAAGGUCAAAACCACUUCAAAAAGUGGGAUUUAUGAUGAUCUCUAUGGGGAAUCAUUUUCUGGAAAAGUAGGUUUUUCCUGGGCAUAUCCCUCUGUUAGUUCUGGUGGUAGACCGGAUUCUGCUAUUAAAGACAUCCAAGGGAAGGCAUCUAGUGGGAAUUCAGGUAAUGUUGAUGAUGAGAAUGAUGACGAUUUAUUUGGUGACUAACUGAUGUGAGCUGAAUCGGAUGUGGAAGGCUUUGUUGUUUUCCUGUUGUUGGGUUUGAUAAUGUGAUUGAGUUUUGAGAAGCUGGAUUUCCUCGAAAUUAUGUGAAACUGCUUGCUUCCCUUGAAAAUGGGAAAAUAUGUUGUAAUUCAUCAACAAAUUUUCUGCAUGGCCAUCCAGGCUCAAUGGUUCUUAAAUCUCCAAGACAGUUUAUAACCAAAGGCUGGGACUCUGAACUUGUAUUUUACCCAAGAGGCGGAAAGAAUUGUAUUUUUUGCUGUUUUCUGCUUA